AUGCCGGCGGGGGCCCUGGGGCUGUCCGCCCUGCUGCAGGCGGCGGAGCAGAGCGCGCGCCUCUGCUGCGUGGUUCACUACUUCACCACGGGACAGCUCCUCUGGGGCUGGCUGGCCCUUGCUCUGCUGCUGCCGGGCUGCCUGGUCCAGGUUCUGAGCUACCUGUGGUUCCGGGCAGAUGGACAGCAAGGUCAUGGCUUGUUGGUCGUGCUACACCUCCUUCAGCUUGGCGUGUGGAAGCGGCAUUGGGACGCUGCGUCCUCCGCUCUGUCGAAGGAGGGGGAAGCCUCCCGCCGCGACCAGCUGCUGCUGCAGGAGGCCGACCUGUCUGCCCUCCGCCUUCUGGAAGCCCUGAUGCAGACCGGGCCCCACCUGCUGCUUCAAACGCAUGUUUUCCUCGCCUCAGACUUCACAGAGCUGGUGCCAGGGGUGAGCGCCCUGUGCUCCUGGGCCGCGCUGUCCUGGGCUCUGGUGUGCUACGCUCGCCUCGCAGGCCUCCUGAAGCCGGGCCGCCUGCCCGCCCCGUGGGCCGCCCUCUUCUGCCAGCAGCUCUGGAGGAUGGGCAUGCUGGGGGCCCGUGUCCUCAGCCUGGCCCUCUUCUCCAGAGCUUACCACGCCUGGGUCCUGGUGGUUGGAGGUGCCCACUGGCUGGUGAUGACCUUCUGGCUUGUGGCCCAGCAGAGUGACGUCGUCGACAGCACCUGCCACUGGAGGCUGUUCAAUCUGCUCGUGGGGGCCGUGUACAUCCUUUGCUACCUCAACUUCUGGGACAGCCCGUCCAGACACCGGAUGGCCAUGUUCUAUACGAUUAUGCUGCUGGAGAACAUCGUCCUUCUGCUGUUGGCCACCGACUUUCUCCAGGGCGCCUCCCAGACCAGCCUGUGGACCAUCGCUGGAGUCUCGUCUGGAUUUCUGAUUGGCAGCGUGUCGCUGGUAACUUCCUAUGGGCUGCUCCGUCCUCCGUCUGCAGGCGGCCUGGGGGGCCGUGGCGUCGCUGCGGGGGAUGGAGCGGACGCGGAGUCCUGUCCCCAGGGCCCGGCUCCAGCGCGGGGAAGCCCAGGCACAGGCCAGGAGGACGGCGGCGAGUUCACCACACUGGGGAGGGCCCCCGGCCCACAGUGGGGAUCCCCAGAGGCCGGGCUGGAGAGCCUGACCGCUCGGGAGGACCCUUUCUUCAGUCACCAUCACUGGCUGUUGCUGAAACUUGCCCUGAAAACAGGGAACAUGUCUAAGAUCAACGCAGCCUUUGGAGAAGACAGUCCUGGCCGCUUUGGUCCCCCUGCCCGGGGGGUGGGCCAGCACUCCACGCAGCACGGGAAGCCCCUGUUUGCCCAGCAAGAGCUCUCCCCGUCACCCCCCGGCCCCCAGGCCUUGGAGAAAGGCUCUGGCCUUCCAGGUGUCCUGAGCGCAGAAGCCGACCUGCUGGAAGCGUCCAGUUUCGCGUCUCUGGCCGGCAACAAGCACGACCAAGCGCCCGGCCAGAAGUGGCCACCUGCCCCGACGCAGGGCCGCCCGGGGGAGGGAGCCAGCACAGCUUCUCCGCUGCAGGGCAGGGCUGCAGGGGCGCGGACAGGAGCACAGGGCCCGGAGGGCUCCACGCGGGACUUCAGCGCCACGGCCGAGGGGGGCCUGUCCCCGCAGCAGGAAGGCGGGCAGGCCACUCCGCGCACCUGCGCCCCGGGCAGGAGGCCACGGUCCCCACCUCAGCCGGCCCCUCGGCCCUUUCCUGCCGCCGUGGCCGACAUCAGCCCAAUCCUCCGCCUGGGCCCCUCUAGAAGCUUCGUGGGCACAGCCCCGGGCAGCUCGGAGCGUGGGGAGCAGCAGGAGCCCAUGACGGACCGGAACCUUCCAGAACCGCUGUCCCUGCCAAAGCGGAGCCUGUGGCCCGCAGACCAGCCUUGCCUCACGUCCACUCCCAAGUGUGAGCCUGCCCGCGGGGCUGCAGCCAGAGGCCCGGCUCACCACCUGGCCGGGUGUCUUCAUAUGAGCCCGGCCCGGCGGGUGGGACAGCAGGCGGGCCACCCACUGUGCCUUGAGACCCGAGAAUCCCAUUUCUGACACCCGCACCCCCGGCGCAUCUCCCUCUGGAUCUCGGUUUGCACAAGUGGAGCCCGAGGGACUGGACCAGGCCAUUUGUGAGCUCCCCUGCAAACACAUACACGUGUGCACAGGCACACGCGCCCGUCAGAGUCGGGGGAGGACACACAGAGGGGCGUCCAGUCAAAGUUGCCUGCUUCUCUUAGGAACCGUAUGAUCCCAUUUUAUUUUAUUUCACUUUACUUUUGCUGCUGUGGCUUCUAGGAAACUCAAAGGCAAAGCCUGAGCAGAACUCUGGUUCUGUUUCCAUCCGGCUUCUUACUACAGCUCCCUUCUCCCGACACUGAGUGGUCAUUAACCUCUUGAAAACGUCUUCUUCCUGCAUUCUUCCAUGAAACCUCGUAGGAGGAUGAUGCAGAGG